AAAACUUGCAAUGUUACGUCUGGCAUUGCUCCAACUAUUACUGUAACAACCGUGUCACGACUGGAACUGCCCGGUAAUCCCGUCCAAUUGAUGUGCCGAGCAAGUGGUGUACCAAAACCGAAGGUGAUGUGGCAACGGUUGACGGAUGAUGACACUCUCGAAGAGAUCGACAACGAAUCGCACAUGGUUUGUUCUGAUUCUGAAGAUUAUGACGUUUCUUUUGAGCAACAAAGUCAAAAUGCGAUUUUAGGCAAAACCUGCAAUGCUACGUCUGGCAUUGCUCCAACGAUUACUGUAACAACCGUGUCACGACUGGAACUGCCCGGUAAUCCCGUGCAAUUGAUGUGCCGAGCAAGUGGUGUACCAAAACCGAAGGUGAUGUGGCAACGGUUGACGGAUGAUGACACUCUGGAAGAGAUUGACAACGAAUCGCACAUGGUUUGUUCUGAUUCUGAAGAUUAUGACGUUUCUUUUUUGGGCAACAAUGUCAAAAUGCAAUUUUAG